AAGCCAGUGUAUUGUAGAGCUCUACCUCCCAGUCCAGAAGCAGUUUGGAACGCUAUUUUAAUUUUUUAUCAAUCAAAACUAAAACUCAAAAGCAGAAAAGUCACAUUUGACUGCUCCUUAAAUUGUUUAAUUAAAAAAAAAGAAGUGCCUACAUUUGUAACCAAAAACAAUUUGUUUAAACCAAAACACGUUUCCAAUUCAAUACAAUGAGCAGUUUUCGUCGAAGAUUAGUUCGUCCAUUCAUAAUAGGGACAAAAACUAGCCCACAAACAGGACAAAUAAUAACUGGAAGUGGUAAUCCCGCACUAGAUGAACUUCUUGGUGGUGGGAUCCCAAUGAAUUCCAUUAUUUUAAUUGAGGAAGAUAAACAUUGCAUCUACUCCAAAGUUCUUUGUAAAUAUUUCUUGGCCGAAGGUGUUAUAAAAAACCAGAUGAUAUUCCUGGCCAGUUUGGACGAUAGUCCUGAAGAAAUCUUAAAAAAGCUUCCACAGCCCGUGUUCUUAGAUGAAAAUACAAAUAAAGGUGAUGUCCCACAAGAAUUCGAACAACUUUCCCAGGACACAUCCAGCUUACGAAUCGCAUGGAGGUACAAUGAUUUACCAUACUUGAAUGUUGACAAGAGCUUCGGAGAAGGUGAUCAUCAUUUCAACUUGCUAAACUUUAUGCCCGAAAAUGAGUGGGCUGCUGUUGUGAAGAUUUUAUGGGAUGGCAAUAAUGUCAACCAAAUCACUUUGGAUGAAAAUAGUCCCAAGCCUGAAAUAUUUGACGAAGAGGAAGAUGAAAAUGAUGAUAGUUCAAGUGCUGCGGAUGGUACUAGUUUCUUUAGCAAUAAACAUUUUCAAAAUUUAAUUGAUACCUUGGGAAAAGAAUUGAAAAUGAAUGAUUUUUACCGCAUCUGCAUUCCGUCAUUGGGGUCGCCGUUGUGGUACGAUGAUAACUUCGGAGAGGAUUUGCUGAAGUUCUUAACAAUUUUGCGAGCCUUUGUUCAGAACACACAAUGUGUAUGUUUCUUAACCAUGCCAAUGCAUUUGAUUGCUAAAAAUGAUAAAUUACUUGUGCCAAAAAUUCGAAAUCUAGUUGACUAUGCCAUUGAAUUAGAAUCUUUCGCUGGAUCUGAACGCGAAACAAAUCCUGCUUUCAAAGAAUACAAUGGAUUGCUUCACUUUAGGAAAAUGUCAGCCAUAAAUUCACUUGCCUUAUUUCAACACUCCGAUUUAGCUUUCAAGUUGCGCAGAAAGAAGUUUGUCAUCGAAAAGUUUCAUCUCCCUCCAGAACUUGGACAAAAUACUGAACAAGAUUCUGAAGAAGUUAUUUCCAAAUCAACGCCAGUAAGCUGUAUGAAUAGCAGUGAUUCAAAUUCUUUAUUUUUUUAAAACAAUUAAUUUUGUAAAUUUUUACCUCGUAAGUGUUUUUUGUUUUAAUAUUAAAAUUAAAAAUAAAAAGAUUUAAUUAUAA